CACGCAUAAUCCGACGUCGCCGCUGUAUCCCCGCCCUCCGCGAGGCAUUCACUCAAGGUUAGCCUAGUUUUCGUGCGCGACUGACUAUAAGAGAGUCGAGGCAAAGUUUAGAUAGUUCCUAUUCACUCACCACUCACGCAGGGAUCGCUAUCUACAACAACCGUCCUCAACCGCAUCACCGCCUCCAAUUGUCUAAUUUUUAGCAUACAAUCUCCAACGAUACAAACUGGGAAGGCUGAUUCAAUUUCAAUUCAAAUUACGAUUUAUUGAUAACGGUUAUCGAUUUCGGAGUCGCACCAAAAGUUAACGCAGUGCCGUAGAACGAUAAAAGAACUGCGCUAUACAACCGUAUAGCAUCUGAGGACCAAUAAGAACGACAUGCAACUUCUACGUUUCGCUUAACAUAGGCAGCCGCAACUUUCUUCUGCCCGUCGUCACGUUAUCAGCGGCAUCGCAGUCGUCGCCGUUGUAGUCGUCAUCGUAUUCUACCAGCUCUUCGGCGGUCAGCAACGGUCAGCUCGCUCCAUGUCCGUGCCACGGCGUUAUGACCAGUGGUCCGCCUCUAGCUGCGUGGUGGUUUCAGUGCCCGCGCCUGGACUAUAUACUGGCGAUCUUAUGUGUGGCAUUGUUAACAACAUGGCUAUCACGAAGAAAGCCAAAGUCGACUCUGCCCGGACCGAGGGGAUGGCCGCUGCUAGGAAAUUUACCAGGUCUUGGUCGGUACCCGCACAGCUCUAUGCGGCGCUGGGCAGCAAAACACGGCAGGAUAUUUCAAAUCAAACUCGGCCGACAGACGAUAGUAGUGCUCAAUGACCCCGCACUCAUCCGCGAUACGUUCACGCGGCCGCACUGCGACAGCCGACCACAGCUCGUGCUGCAGACCGAGGUGCUGGAAGGCGACGGCGGCCUCUCCACGUCGAACGGCGCCCGAUGGAGAGAGUACCGUAAGUUUGUCGUCUGCGCUCUCCGCCAGCUGGAGUCCGCCGCGCCGAACAUCGAAUCUCGUAUCGCAGCCGAAGUCGCGCAUCUCGUCAAGGUCAUCGCGGUCACCGACGGUAGGCCGUUCGCGCCGGACGCCGUCUACGGCUGCAUGUCGAACGUCAUGUUCGCCAUCUUGUUCGGCGCUCGCUUCGCGCACGACGACGCCGAUUUCCGCCGCUACGUGCGCGACCUCCGCGCCGGAUACAGGAUGAGCGCGCACCUGGCGGCGCUCAACUGCUUUCCGAUGUUGGCCCGCCUGCCGCUGAUGCGUCGCUCGCUGCAGACGCUCAGCGAGAAUCGACGAGCUGCGCAUGCGUUCAUCGCCGACCACGUGUGCGACCACGGGACGGUGCUGACCGACGGCGAGCAGCCACGUGACUUCAUCGACGCAUGCGCCAUGGAGGAGCACAGGCGCAGGACGUCGGGAAAAGAGGACGACCAUUUCUCCGAAACACAGAUUCGUUACUUGAUCGGCGACUUGCUGGCGUCGGGUAUCAUCACGUCGGCACACUCCGUCGUCUGGGGUCUGCUGCUGCUCGCGCUGCAUGCCGACGUACAGACCGACGUGCAGGGUGAGAUACACCAGACGGUCGGCGAGGCCAGGGCCCCGCGCGUCGAAGACAUGGCCUCUAUGCCGUACACUGCUGCCACCGUGUGGGAAGUGAUGCGUUACCGGAGCGUGCUGCCGCUGGGCGUUCCGCACGCUACGAGCGAGGAGAUGCAGGUGGACGGAUAUCGCAUACCGGCGGGCACUCACGUCGUGCCCUUCCUACACGGCGUGCUCAGCGACCCCGCUCACUGGCGCUAUCCGGACGAGUUCAACCCGAGGAACUUCCUGGACGAGAACGGGAAUCUUCAUCGGCCGGCCGCCUUCAUGCCGUUCUCGCUGGGUAAACGCCAGUGCAUCGGUAUGCGGAUAGGCGAACAGAAGCUAUUCCUUCUGCUCACCGGAGUGUUGCAGCGUUUCACAAUCUCCGUGCCGCCGGGAACGGGCACGCCAGAUCUCCGCGGUGUCCCGGGCGUCACCCUCGCACCGCCAGACUUUCAGCUAUGUGCCGCGAUGCGCUGAGCUGCCGUGAUAUGAAGAAACCAAAGAAGCGUCUACGCGCCGCAUGUUGACCGUAACGAUACCCAGUUGGCCGGCGACGCUGACUGCCUCCGCAUAUGUGCCAGUAUAGAAUCCACAGCGCCCGACAGGAACCCAGUGAAUGCAGUUCAGGUUUAUUACCGUAGCAGCAAUACGGUCGCGGGAACCGCCUUCCCGAUUCGUAUUCUGAGAAAAGGCGAAGGCGACAUACAAUAUGACACCAAAAAUGGAUUUCAGUCUGCUGAGUAGAAUUGUUACAUAUUAAAUAUGAUCCAAACGUCAUAUCAAGCCAUUACCAUAAGAUUCACGUAUACGAAUUCAUUGCUUUCCGGGUACCCAUUAUCGUGCUCUGCGCUGGGUUGAAGGUACUCGUAGAAACGUAGAGAAUGACUAUUGUAUGCGAAUUCAGGUGUAUAAUUAAAACGAGACAAUGAAAGCAAA